CCGUUGGGCAGCGGAGGCCCCGCCCUGGCCGCCCGGUGCGCGGCCCCGGCGGCUCGACCUCCCUCCCCCUCCGCCCCCGAUGAGGUUGUUCAGGCGGCGGCCGCGGUCCCCGGCGCUGGUGCUGCUGCUCCUGCGGCCGCUGCUCGCUUCCUCCGGAGCCUCGGUGCCCGGCUCGCAGCCCCAAGCCAUGAACGCGGGCGGCGGCGCGCGGGGCUGCUGCCCCCGCUUGCAGCGCUCCACCGUGCCGGGCUCCGACCCGCAGCGCUGCAACGAGCUGCUGCUGCUGGCGGCCGGGGACGAGGCGGCCCUGGAGCCGCGGCACCACGUCCUCUACUUCCCGGGGGAUGUGCAGAAUUACCAUGAGGUCAUGACUCGUCAUCCUGAGAAUUAUCAGUGGGAAAACUGGAGUCUAGAAAAUACUGCCGCCAUCCUGGCCCGCCGUUUCCCCAACAGCUUUAUCUGGGUGGUCAAGUGCUCGCGGAUGCACCUGCACAAAUUCAGUUGCUAUGACAACUUCGUGAAAAGCAACAUGUUCGGCGCACCUGAGCACGACCCGGACUUCGGAGCCUUUAAGCACCUGUAUAUGUUAUUAGUUAACGCUUUCAGCUUAUCUCAGAACGGCUCGCUGUCCAAGACGAGGAGUGUUUGGAAUAAGGACUGUAGAGCAGCUAACUGUGAGUCUAAUCCUUCUACUUCUCGUAAUGGUGGCCAGGAGAACGAGAGGACCUGUGGAAACGCUGGCGUGGCCGCUGUGAGUUUUUCUCCACUGUCGCUGAAUGGCGCCUCGUUCACUUUGGUUGGAUUCAGUAAAGGCUGCGUAGUUUUGAAUCAGUUGCUGUUUGAGUUGAAGGAAGCCAAGAAAGACAAGAACAUAGACACUUUCAUCAGAAGUAUAAGAACAAUGUAUUGGCUGGAUGGUGGUCAUUCUGGGGGAAGCGACACUUGGGUCACAUAUCCUGAAGUCUUGAAGGAAUUUGCUCAAACUGGGAUUACUGUCCACACCCAUGUGACACCAUAUCAGGUACAAGAUCCAAUGAGGUCCUGGAUUGGCAAGGAGCACAGGAAAUUUGUUCAGAUCCUUGGGGAUCUGGGCGUGCAGGUGACUAGCCAAAUUCAUUUCGCAAAGGAAACUCCCUCCAUAGAGAAUCACUUCAGGGUUCAUGAAGUGUUCUGAGACCUAGCGUGCUUCCUCAGCGGGAAAACUGCGUCCUUUGUCAUGAUUACAGGUGACGUAAUGUCAGGGUAGUUAGAUGCAUUGUCAGCUUGUGGGCUAAGAAGAUGAACAUUCCAGAACUCUUGAGUGUCUUACACAGUAGGACUCCUUGCUUGUACAUGUGGGCAGCUUUAACUUUGGGUUGGAUCAGAAUUAAUUUGAAAUCCAGAAGGGUCGUGUGUGAUAAUUCUAUGUCCUUUGAAAACGGAAGAAACUUGGUGUUAGUCUUAGUGUUUGUGUUGAGAACAGCCAAUCUUUUGAGACCUCUUCUCCACUAACGUUGGUAAUAACAGCAGUUCAGCCGUUGACCAGACAUUUCAUUCUUUCUCUGUCCAAGGGUCCUGGGGAAGACUUGCACCCUACAUCCUCCCUCCCGGGAAAGUUUUGUGAGCCCCUGAACUCAUUCUCAGUUCUCCCAAGUAUUCGGUUUUUUUUUUGUUUUUGUUUUUUGUUUUUUAAAGUUAAAAUAUAUUUAUUCCUGCAUAUCCAAGAUCAUAGAGUUGUACAGUUGGUUUUUAAAACAUAGUAGACUAAGCACUGUAACUUAAUUCUUAAUUGACAGUUUUUAAUUAUGUUAGUUUGCUGUCACAAGGAGACAGAUUCCGCAGACCUAAAUCAGUGUUUCUUCAGAAGCAUGGUUUUGUCUGCCAAGAGAAAAUAGCUUUCUUUGGCCAAAUGUAAAAUUACAUUGAGAUAAGAAAGGUUACAAAGGAAAGUUUGAAGACACAAAUAAUUUAAAUUUUGGCCCAGAAACUGAAUUUGCUUAACACUGCUACAUAAUUUGGGUGAAGUUUCCUUCUGCCCAUUUUUCUUUACUAGAUAAAUGCAUUUUGAAAAAAACCAAAAUCUAACGAAUUUCAAGCAGUACUGGAACAAAGCUGUGUGGCUAUUGAAAGUGGCACUUUUUAUUUAUGAAUAAAUUUGGUUAUUCCAUGACCUCUAAAGUUUUAACCAAAUAGGGAAAUAACAUGCUGCUUUGGGAUCGAAAAGAAAAUGUAUCCUAAAGCGUAGUGUUAGUAUGCAACAUGUUAAUUUCUUGAUCUCUUCCAGAAUUACAUUUAAAUCACUCUCUAUUCUCAGUAUUCACCCACGCCAGAUGUUUGGAAUGAAUGUAGUUCUGUCGACUACAGAUGAGUGUCUACAUUUUCUCAGUAGUUGUCUGUUGUUUCACUUUGAAUGUCUUUUGAGACUAGCACUUCCCACAGUAGACCAAGUUACCUGGUUCUACCUGAUCGUGUAUUUCCUUAACUUAGAGCCCUAUGAUUGGGUGACUGCAUUCAACUUGUUUAACCAUCAUCAAAGGUACCACUCAAUGUAGAACAGCUGAAUUCGAAUGGUCAUAUGGAGGGAAGGCUUGUCUCGGUCCUUCAGUCUCCACUCAUGGGAGUGUUCCAUUGUUGCGGUGAAGUGGACAUUGAUCCGAGGGACACCUAAAACUGCCAUGGCCUCUGGAGACAGUGUUGAGUAGUACGAGUGCUUUGGAGUGGAAAUGGUUGUUUGUCCCCACACGGGCAUUUCUGUGUAAAACUACAGAUUCGUCCUCUUCCACAUGGGUUUUAAAACUGUAUGCGUUAAAUCUGUUACUGUAAAUGUGGGUCUUACUUGGCAGUGCCUUUGUAAAGUCACCGAGAGAAGCUGUCCUAGAGAUGUGAACUUUGUUCGUACCGCAGCAUGGAUGUGAACCUGUAUUAAAAAGAGUAACCCACAGAAAGGCCGUUUGGAUGUGUUUGUCCACCUUGCUACUGUGUCUGCUUCAACUUUCCUGUCUUUUCCAGGCGAACAGCUGUCCUUCCACUGAGUACACUGGUUAGCUGCUCCAUAACUGUCCGUAGGACACUAGAGGAAUUCCUAAAACCUCUCCCUUUUCUUUGCUGCUCAUCUUAGCUAUCUAUACUCCUUUAUCCCCAUAAACGACUGUUAGAGUAUAGUGUGGUUCAUUUCAUUUCUGCAAUGUCCAAGCACCCGCCUAGUCUAAGGAGAAUCUAAGCCACAAGGAUCUAACAAGUCCCAGCAACAUGUUAGCGGUGAGACAACACAACAGACCAGAAUUUAGGAAGGAACAUCUACAAAGUAUCCCAUUCGACGUCCUCUUAGAGGAAGGUGAAUUAACAACCAAGGGGCAAUGAUCUCAUGUGUAACUGAAGUGGACUUUGCAGUUCUCAGUGAUGGAGACAGCAUCUCCUGGCAUGUUUAAGAAACCCAGUGAUGACUUCCGCGUUUGAAGCAAGGUUAACACCAGAGUGCCAGCCUGUAAUUCCUCUUGACCCACCUGCCAACCAGCACUGGCGGAAGGAGUCACCACAGCCCGCCUUUCACCUCCCCGAAAGACCUACCGUACUCCACACCUCCUAAGAGUUAACGUCAGCUUUUUGUAGGUAAGUAGAUGUGCCUUGUUAUUGGUUCUGUGUAGAUGUUCACAGAACUGCUACAAAAGGAUAAAAGAAACCUAGCCUUGUUGACUGUCUCUUGGUAUUUCGUAUACUUUGAAAUCAUGGAAUACCUGCUCUUCAUGACCUGGGCCAAGACAAAUACUGAGUCAUGCAAAGCUAACAGUGUUGAAAUGUUUUGAACACGAUGUACAGGUGUGUCUCCCACGGCCUCUCGGCCUCAUCUCAGCAGCUGCUGUCACUAGGUUGGCUGUGUACCCAGCAGAGCUAAUCCUGUCUAUGUAAACGUUUACAGAGCAUACACUGUACAAACGGCAGAGGUCUAAAUGUUUUUGUGUAUUAAACUGGACG